AUGAACAUAGGUGGCAUCCCCAUCAUCGAGGCUAGCUUCCCAUACCGCUACACUACGUCGAUGCAUUGGAGUUUAACUCAGUUCACACCUGCUUCAAUGGAGAUUUCGGCUCGAAACACUGGCGAACGAGUAUUCUCGAUCAUGAUCCUCUUCUUUGCGCUGAUCGUUUUCUCUUCCGUGAUCGGCCAGGUGACCAGCUCCAUGAUGUCUCUUCAGAACAUGCAGGCCAGCAGCAGAAAGCAGUUUUGGCUUCUGCGGCGCUUCCUGAAUGCUCGCAAGGUGCCGAAGAAGAGCCGCAGUCGGAUCAUCCGCUUCUUGGAGCAGCGCGUGCCGAAAGAAAGUCAGAAAGUGCAGCAGAGGGACAUCAAGAUUUGUUCUUUGCUUUCGGAGCCCUUGAAGGACUUGCUCGCGUGGGAGCUUCAUCGAAGACUUCUUGGGCGCCAUCGGCUAUUCUACAUACUUCAUGGGGCCAUCGAGGCCAUGAUGAUGAGGGUGUGCAGCGUCGCCGUCUCCGAGUCGACCUUGGCAGAGCAGGAUGAACUCUUCCGUGCCGGUGAGAGCGCCUCCCACAUGACCUUCGUCCUUUCCGGCAACUUCCAGUAUCAGCCUGGAUACGAGUUCCAAGAGCCAACCGACAUUGGCCCGUACCGCUGGCUCGUGGAGCCCUGUCUCUGGACGGACUGGCAGCACCAAGGAACGUUUACGGCCGUCAAGACCGGUGA